AUGAAGAUAUCCCCAGGUCUGUCCCUGGCCGUCGCCGGGAUAUGGCUCGCCGGAGCCUGCCAGGGCCAGGACACCCAAUCGCCACCCAGCCGGCGUGGUGCAUCAUCGCACCGCAACACCGUGGCUAUCCCUAGAGCCGCCUUGUCGACCAUCUUAGACCAAGUACCAUCGUGCGCAAAAUCGUGCGUUGAACAACUCACGGCCGGCCACGACUGCGACGACGGAACAUGCCUCUGCGCCAACGCCACCGUCGAACACGCCCUCGGACCCUGCGUAUUGGCUGCGUGCACCAUGGCCGAGAGCAUCACCACCAAGAACUUCACGCAAGCCGCGUGCAACUUACCACGGCGCGAUCGCGCGACACCCUUCAACGUCACGUCCAUCACGCUCUGUACCAUUACCGGCAUCAUGGUCCUUGCCAGGCUCAUCUUCAAGGGCCAAUUUAGCUACGCCGCCAAGCUCGGCCUCGACGACUGGUUCAUCAUCGCCUCCAUCGCCGUCGGCCUGCCGUGCACCAUCAUCAACGGCGUGGGCUUCACACGCCACGGCCUCGGCAAGGAUGUUUGGACGCUCCCCCCCGACAUGAUCGAGACCUUUGGCCGCUUCUUUUAUGCGCAGCAGAUUCUGUAUCUGUUUCUCGUCACUUCCAUAAAAAUGAGCUUGCUCUUCUUUUAUCUGUCGAUAUUUCCUGGCAGAGGCGUCCGUACCGUGCUGUGGCUGACAAUGGCCGUAACGGGCGUCUUCGGGCUGACCUUUGUGCUGCUGUCAAUCUUUCAGUGCACCCCCAUACAAUUCUAUUGGCUGCGUUACGUACAGCCUGUCCACGGAUACUGCACGAGGAUCAAUUUGCUAGGGUGGAUACACGGCGGCGUCAGUACAGCUAUUGACGUUUGGAUGAUUGGCAUUCCCCUCUUCGAGAUUCGCAAGCUAGAGCUGCACUGGAAGAAGAAGGUCGGGGCGGCCAUCAUGUUUCUCACAGGAACAUUUGUCACCAUCGUCUCGGCGCUGCGGCUCAGGUCCCUCAUCUACUUCGCCAAUUCCAUCAACCCAACCUGGGAUGAAUUGCCCGUAGCUCUAUGGGCCACCAUUGAAAUCAAUGUCGGACUAAUGUGCGCUUGCCUACCGACGCUGCGAUUGAUUCUUGUGCGAAUGUGGCCUCGCGUAUUCGGGAGCACGAUAAACUCAGCAUCCGAGAGAUCCGCUGUUUCGCACGCGACAAACACGAGCGCCUCUGCCCGCAAGGGAAAGAUUCGGGCCGCUAGUCUUGACACAGACACAGCACCCAUAAGCCCACGGCUAAUGGAAACCAAUACGGCAUUUGAGCUGGAAGCUAAAUAUCCAACAUCGGAGGAUGACCGCGAGGACUUAGAGAGUCACGGGGGUCACGAGACCGCUUCAUUUGAAGACGGCUGCCACGCAAAAUAG